AAACUGUGGACCGCUGGCCGCGGAUUGGCUGUACUCAGCGGCGGGCUGAGCAACUAGAUUCAGGGGAGCACUUGGACCAAGAUGGCGGCUGCCGAGGGACCUGUGAGCGACGGCGAUCUGUGGCAGACCUGGCUUCCCAACCACGUCGUGUUCUUGCGGCUCCGGGAGGGACUGAAACACCAGCGCCCUGCAGAAGCUGAGAAACCAGCUUCUUCGUCACAGGCCUCGUCGCCUCUUCUGCCGCCGCAGUUGCUGACGAGAAACCUAGUCUUCGGCCUCUGCGGAGAGCUCUUCCUGUGGGACGGAGAAAGCAGCUGCUUUUUAGUGGUUCGCCUUCGGGGCCUCAGCAGUGGCGGCGAGGAGCCCUCUCUCUCCCAAUACCAGAGAUUGCUUUGCAUAAACCCACCCCUGUUUGAAAUUUAUCAAGUUUUGUUAAGUCCGACACAACAUCAUGUAGCACUUAUAGGAACUAAAGGACUUAUGGUAUUAGAAUUACCUAAAAGGUGGGGAAAAAAUUCUGAAUUUGAAGGUGGAAAAUUAACAGUGAAUUGUAGUACCACUCCAAUUGCUGAGAGAUUUUUCACCAGUUCUACAUCUCUGACUCUAAAACAUGCUGCAUGGUAUCCAAGUGAAAUGCUGGAUCCCCACAUAGUGCUGUUAACAUCAGACAAUGUAAUAAGAAUUUAUUCUCUACGUGAACCCCAGACACCCACUAAGGUGAUUUUACUUUCAGAAGCAGAAGAGGAAAGUCUAAUACUCAAUAAAAGAUCUCUUUGCAGAAGGGCAUAUACUGCAUCUCUGGGAGAGACAGCAGUUGCAUUUGACUUUGGGCUGUUGGCAACAAUUCCGAAGAAUAUAUUUGGACAAAAAAGCAAAGAUGAAGUAGUGGCAUACCCACUGUACAUCUUAUAUGAGAAUGGGGAAACUUUCCUUACGUAUGUUAGUCUGUUACAAAGCCCUGGGAAUAUUGGAAAGCUUUUGGGCCCAUUGCCCAUGCAUCCUGCAGCAGAAGAUAACUAUGGUUAUGAUGCUUGUGCUAUACUCUGCUUACCCUGUGUCCCCAAUAUCUUAGUGAUUGCCACCGAAUCAGGAAUGCUGUACCACUGUGUUGUGCUAGAGGGAGAAGAAGAAGAUGACCACACACCAGAAAAGUCCUGGGAUUCCAGGGCUGACCUCAUUCCUUCUCUCUAUGUGUUUGAAUGUGUUGAGUUGGAGCUUGCCCUGAAACUGGCCUCUGGAGAGGACGAUCCCUUUGAUUAUGACUUUUCUUGUCCAAUCAAACUUCACAGAGAUCCCAAGUGUCCUUCAAGGUAUCACUGUACUCAUGAAGCUGGUGUGCAUAGUGUUGGGCUAACUUGGAUUCAUAAACUUCACAAAUUUCUUGGAUCAGAUGAAGAAGAUAAAGACAGUUUACAAGAACUUGCUGCAGAACAGAAAUGCUUUGUGGAGCACAUCCUUUGUACAAAGCCACUGCCAUGCAGGCAGCCAGCUCCAAUUCAAGGAUUCUGGAUAGUUCCUGAUAUUCUGGGGCCCACGAUGAUCUGCAUUACCAGUACCUACGAAUGCCUUAUAAGGCCUUUACUAAGUACAGUCCAUCCAGCAUCUCCUCCUUUGCUGUGCACCCAAGAUGAUGAUGAAGUUGCAGAUUCUCCUCUCCGUAUUCUGGCUGAAACCCCUGAUUCCUUUGAAAAGCAUAUCAGGAGCAUUUUGCAACGUAGUGCUGCCAAUCCAUCAUUUCUGAAGUCAUCAGAAAAGGAUUUGGCCCCUCCUCCUGAAGAAUGCCUCCAGCUCAUCAGCAGAGCCACCCAGGUGUUCAGAGAACAGUACAUUCUUAAGCAGGACCUGGCAAAGGAAGAGAUUCAGAGGAGGGUCAAAUUAUUAUGUGACCAAAAAAAGAAACAACUAGAUGAUCUUAAUUAUUGUCGAGAAGAGAGGAAAAGUCUACGGGAAAUGGCUGAGCGCUUAGCUGACAAAUAUGAGGAAGCCAAGGAAAAACAGGAAGAUAUCAUGAACAGGAUGAAAAAAGUACUUCACAGUUUCCACUCUCAGCUCCCAGUUCUCUCUGAUAGUGAGAGAGACAUGAAGAAAGAAUUACAGCUGAUCCCUGAUCAACUUCGACAUUUGGGCAAUGCCAUCAAACAGGUUAUUAUGAAAAAAGAGUAUCAGCAGCAAAAGAUGGAAAAGGUUCUGAGUCCUCAAAAACCCACCAUUACUUUCAGUGCUUACCAGAGAAAGUGCAUCCAGUCUGUCCUGAAGGAGGAGGGUGAACACAUAAGGGAAAUGGUGAAGCAAAUCAAUGAUAUACGAAAUCAUGUAAACUUCUGAUACUACAAUACUGUCAGGAACAGAUUCGCACCUGAAGUUGAAAUAACUAAAGGUUUAAGCCCAUACUGUAAAAUAAACAGGUAGCACUGUCUAAUUUAUAAAGAGGCAUUUUGGAAAAA